GAGACGACUCCCAAGACAAGCGGCUGCGCGCUCCCCAGCCUGAAGGCCACGGAGCUCGGGACCAGACAACACCCGACCUGGCAACUCCGGGGAAGAGCCCGCCUUUGUGAGUCUCGAUCACAAGCUCAGAGGCAUCAAGGACCUCAGGCCAGAAGGUUGAACCAGGACCACUGCUCUGGAGCAGGUGGAAUGAGUCUGAGACCAACAGAUGCACAGACAGAAGCCUAAAGACUCCAUGAACGGCCCUGCCUUCCUGUCCCCUGGUCCUUCUGAAUCACUCGUUGGAGACAGUGGCAUCGUUCCUGGCUGCAAGUUGCCUGGGGACAAGGAUGAGUGAGCGGACCACGAGCAACUGGAGCCCAGGCAGCUGGGUGCUAGCGCUGUGCCUGGCCUGGCUGUGGACACGGCUGGCCUCUGCUUCCUUGCAGCCUCCCACAGCCACAGUCCUGGUAAAGCAGGGCACCUGUGAGGUGAUCUCCGCGCAUCGCUGCUGCAACCGCAACCGCAUCGAGGAGCGCUCCCAGACGGUCAAGUGUGCCUGCCUCUCUGGCCAGGUGGCAGGCACUACAAGGGCAAAGCCCUCCUGCGUGGACGCUGCCAUCGUCUUGCAGAAGUGGUGGUGUCAGAUGGAACCCUGCCUGCUGGGGGAGGAGUGCAAGGUGCUCCCGGACCUGUCAGGGUGGAGCUGCAGCAGUGGACACAAGGUCAAAACCACCAAGGUCACACGAUAACCCUCGGGGUCAUGGCUUAGACAGGACAGUCUGGAUUGUCUUGAUUGUCUAGAUUGAAGAAUGGCUUCUGGUCACACCAGCCGGCAGAUGUGAGGACUCAUUUACCCAGACUUUUAGUCCCAUGUGACAUCAGACUGGCAAGUUAGUCAAGCUGCUUAGCAGAAACGCUGUAUCUUCUGUCACAUACUUGAGAAAUAUGCUCUCUUAUGAACAAAGGUAGACACCCGUAAUCCUGUUCUUAAGGAAUAUCUUGUCAAGUUAGGGAGUGGAUGACAGACAUCAAACAGUUAAAGUGUGUGGUACCCAUGGCCUUUGAGCUACCUACCAUGGGUAUGGUGGGGAUGGGUGGAGGGGAGUCUCAUUGAUCUUUGACUGUCUCCUGAUCACAAGACACAAAGUCAUGAAGUCCUGCAUCCCCGACAAGAUGCUAAGAUGUUAAAGGAGACACUGUCCUCUGAUGCCAAGCCAGGGGAAUCUCUUUUGACAGUGCUGGAAAGUAGAGAUGAGGUCCAACAACUCCUUAGCCCAGCUCUGUAGAGGCAGGGUGUGUAGCUCACACCCUUUGUUGUCUGAGGGAUGGACAGGUCCUUGGGACCGUCCCCACCUGAACUUCAUGUGGUUUUUGGUUUUGUUUUUGCUUGUUUUAGUGGAUGAGGAAACUGAGUCACAGGGGGAUGUGAUGGUUUGUCCAAGAUCUCACAGUUUGAGCUUCCAAAACUCAAAUGCUGAGAUUCCAGGCUGUCUUCAUAGUAAUUUACUGUAGAGAGCGGAACCCUGCAAACACUGUCUAGAUAGCAGCAGCAUGUUUCUGGGAGAUGGGACUUUGAUCUCCCAUCCACAAAAAUCCAGAAUCCCUACACACUGCAGAGUGGGGCUACAUCUCAGUCCCCCAGAUCCAAAAAAGUUCCCAUGAUAGCCCAGAGGUCACUCGGCCCAGUUGCAGCUGGAGCACUGUGAACUGGCAUCCCGUUGCCCUCCGGCAUUUCUCUUCUGAGAGCCUCAGCCAUCUCCCUAGAUAGGUACCUGGAAAGGAGCGAGUUAGGCAGAAUACAGCUCAAAGUUGAAGGUCUUCAGGUUGGCCUGAUAGAUGGCUUGGGAGUAGCAUCCUGGCUUACACUCCUCAUCAAGGCCCUUAGGGAGUAGGGUGUGUUAGAGACCAGCCUGGACGAUGCCCCAUCCCUGAAAAGGCAAAUCAGGGAUAGUUUAGGAUGGAGUCUUAGCUUCCCCUAUCUCCUUAAGCAUUUGACUAAGACUCUGAUAUCACCCCAUCUUGGGGCUUAUUUUUGUUUUUGCUAAAUGAGAUGAGCAGUAAUGUUAAGGCAGGCCUCUAACAGUCUCUGCAUACAGCAGGGCCACAGGCUAGGGCGCCCAUGGAGAGACCAAAGGCGGUCACAGUCUCCUUCCACACUGAAGAGUGGAGGUCGGAGGAUAGGUGGAGGGGUUGGCAAAUAUUUUCUGGAAAGAGCCAGAAAAUGAAUCUGCUAUA